AUGGACCAACAGGGGUAUGAAUAUAUUAAUAGUGGGGUAAUAACUGAAAAAUCUCCUGUACAUUCUUUGUCUGUUGAAGAGAAUGCACUUGGGCAUCCUGACCGUCCAGAUUCAGCGGAGCACUUGACUUCUGCCGAUCAUCAACAGGAGUGGCAGCAAGCUAUGGAGCAUGGCUUCAACCUAGAUAUUGUUCUUCUUAGGCACUUUGGUACGGCUCAAGGAUUGGUCCGGCAAGGACCAAUCAUUCACAAGCUAGCCCCAAAUUCCACGGGUACUAGACCCCGGAGGGCACAUCCCUGCGUCCAGGGGAUCUCCAUCUGGAGGCCUAUUAGAGGGGGCCUCGGGGCUGAGAACGGUCUAUUCAAAGUCUAUCCCGGAUCCCAAGGGAUCAGAACGGAUAAUGAGCUGCGAGACAGUCAAAUCAGCACUCUUGAAAUACGAAUUCGUGCUGAUCAGAUCUUUAUUGCACAUGGCGGGCUCUGGAUAGAGGAAGGUAACGGAAACGGCAUCCUGAUGUGGAUGGGAGUGUCGGUGGAUAUCAUUGGCCUACACAUUGACCAAUACUGCCUCCCUUUCGUUGCAGGAGCGUACAAUGCCUCGAGAUUCCUCUCGCGAACAGUGCCACCUGGGCUGGUCAAAGCAGAGACCCAGGCAACUCUAGCCGACUCCUUUUUCCCGCAAGAGAGGCUAGUAAUGGCAGGCAACCAUCGCUCGGACACUGCGGACGCGUUCCUCCGUAGUGCGAUACCUUACACCUCCCGGAUCCUGGAGUAUUUUACGAACCUGGAUCCGACCGGUCUUAUUCUAGCAGCUUGUCCCGCUGGUGAAGAUCCGAGGUUGGCAUUUCUCACCGUGGACCGGGGUACUGACCUAAGGAAAUGGUUUCUUCGUGCUCUUGCUGUACGAUAUCUCAUUCGGCGCUAUCAUUCGAGAGGUGGUACAUUAGAGGACUUUAUCCGGGCGGACGGAUUACCCAAAACGUCACGGUUAAUCAACACUAUUAGGCACGGUAAAAAGCUGUAUUGGAUAGAGUUAUCGUUGAGAAAGCCAGGUAUCUGGAUUACCCUCCUGAAUGUAAUGUCUCGGCUUGAUCAUAUCACCUGGGAAGAGGUAUUCUCCAUACCGGACUCGAUACACCGGUACCCAACACUUUUGGAAAUCCCGGAAGAAUGGUCUCCACUUAUGGAGGGUUGCAGUCAGUUGUUGGGCUCACUCGCGCCUCCGGGCGCCUCUGAUGGAUGCGUCACCCCCGGUCAGAGUUUUGAUUAA